AUGGAAUCUAAUAGUGAUGUGAAUAUGUCCACAAGUGAAUUCACACAUGUCGAUCAUUCUUCCCCGUUGGAGGGAAGGGGUAGGUUAAUAUCGCAAGAUAUAUUCAAGUUCCUAAUAUAUACAAAGUACGUUGUUAUUAGCCGCUUAAAGUUGGUGGAUAAUAUCGAUGAACAAAAAGAGUUUUUGAUAUUACAGGGGGCAUCUAGAACUCUUCGAAAAAUUCAUACAGAUAUAUUUAGGCAUUAUACUACAGAUAAUUUUAAGGAAUAUCUAAAAAUUAUUGAUAUAGAAUUGGAUUAUUUGACUGAAUUGUUGAAAUCUGAUGCUCUUGUCCAGACCAAGAACAGUUUACAGAUUUCGGAUAAAUUACCUAAUUUGACAGCUAUUUCAACUGUAAUUUCCACUGAUAAUGAAUCUUUGAAUAAAAAUUUGAAUGAUAAAUCUAGUUCUUCAUUUACACCGAAUUUAAAGGACAGGGUAGAGUUGGAACGUGCGUUUGGUUUUUUUGAUGAGCGCUUUUCAUUAGACUAUAAUUCUUUUUCUAAAGAUGAGGAUUUGUUAUAUGAAAUAUUUCUAUAUAAUCAUACGCAAAAAGAAGCCGGUUUUUCACACGAGAAAGACCAAAUCGGCACUUUAAGAUUAAAUUCUCUUGUUCCAAAUAUUUCUGCCACACACAAUGAGAUUAACGGAUAUAGAUUUGAAUUAGGAUCAAAGUUAUCGGCUAAUGAAGAUGAUCACCUUGAUAUUGGCCCAGGACUGCUCUUGAAAGAUAUGUAUGAACUAGAAGUUGACGAGUCAUAUUUAUUAUCCUUUGAUGAUCUUGUGCGUAGUGUUUAUGACAAGUUAAGCAAGCGUGAUUUCUUGAUAGACAUAAGAAUUAACAAGAUAAAUCAGACAAAUCGUACAGAUGUCGCAACAGAUAUAUCCUAUCUGCUUAGGGAAUUGCUAGAUGAAGUUUCUCAAUAUCCCUGUGAUUACAAUAAAUGGAUAAAGCUUUUCACAUUUGGUGGAAAUCUAGCCCAAACAUCUUCAGUUGGUAUCAUGUGUGACCUUUACAAGACACUAUAUUCUAUAUUAGAGUUUUCUUGCACGAAUGACCUGCCAACUAUUGCUGAUUUAACCAUUGACAUGAUUUUCAGUCUAAGUUUGAGAAGUCCGGAUAUUUGUGAUUUGCUAAAUUCCUCCAUAAAGUAUGUAAGACGAAUAUUGCUACCGUUGUUUUCCAGAGUGUUUUCUAACAUGAAUUUUCUAAAUAAUCUGGAUGAUAAUUUGUGGCUCUUGCAUCACUCCGUUAAUUUUGACGCUGUUUGGAACUUUGAAUAUUUGUCAUUACAAUACCCAGUGCUUGUUAAUUAUAAAGAUGAGCCGAACACGUCGUUAAAACGUUUUUUCUCACAAAUUCCAAGUGUUGGUAUUUAUAUUUCCAGAAUAGACAUUUCCAUGAAACGUUUAAUUACCAGGAAAAGGAUAUACAAGAUGAAUUCAGGAGAUUUCAACUUUAAAAUUGAUAUUUCAUGCAAUGACGGAGAAAGUUCUAGUGUGAAAAAUCUUAUAUUCAUCUCCAAUGGUCAAAAUAUAAUUGUUGUUGAUGAAAAAAUUACUGUGUUGGAUAUAAAUUCUAAUAGUACACUUUCUUUUGAGUUUAUGUUUGAUAAUGCGAACAUUUUGGUAUUUUUGAAUGGAAGAAAAUUUUAUACUGGAAAUUUACAUUUAGAGUCACAAAAUUUGCGUGGAUAUGAUUUUACUAUAGAUUUUGAUGCUGAAACGAUUCAUAUUCAACAGUAUUGUACAUUAUCUCCAGGAUUUAGGAAAGAACUCCUAAAACAAAACAUAUUAUAUCAUCAUUUAAAUUUUUAUACUGAUAAAAAUAGAAAGCUUUGCUCUGAUAUCCACUCUCUCUGUGAUCGCCAGUUAUUUUUACUCCAGUUAUCAUCUAGUAUUCAUAAUGUAGCUAUUCGCAUAUACCACUCAUGUAUUUAUGAAGAAACUUUCAAAUAUGAGGUUCAUUUUAGAAUUAAGGGGGGCUUAAAAUUAUUGUUUGAACUUGUUGUUUGCAUGUUGGAUUGUAUAGACAUAAUUUCAUCCACGAAUGUAGAGUCUAUAAAUGCCAUAAGCUUAUGGCGUAUGAUUUCCGAGACAAUAAUUUCAUUAUUGUCGGUUAUAAGGAUAUUUUUAUCGAUAAGUAGUGAGUUAGGGGAUAUGUCCUUGGAAUUUUUCAAGACGGUUGCUUCAUGUUUGAUUGGUUGUAUCAAAUACAGGAAUAUAUGGCCUGACACUCCAUUAUUCUCCGAUUAUCAUUUGAAAAUAGAUCUAAUAUCAUUAGCAAACAAUAUCACUACUAUAGCACUAAAAAUUCUAUCUUCCAAUUGUUCAGUUUUUAAACAACUUUUUUCUACACUUUCUGUUGAUGUGGCGUCUGAAAUAUUUACAUCAAUAGUUUACAACGAUUCCUAUUUCAUGUUGGAUACAACUAUAUUGGCAAAAAAUGAGACAUUAAGAUGUUUGAAUGAGAACGAUUGUAUUGCAAUAUUCACAAAACGUGCAAUUUCUCAUGUUUCAGUAUCUUACAUGGACAACAAACCUAAGUUUAAGUGGGAGAAAAACUACUGGUGGAAUCUAAUUUAUGGGUUUUUGGAGCAAGAAAAAAGUUUUAUUGCACACGAUAUUGCCUUUAAUUCCCUCAACAUUGAUUAUUGCACCUGUAAUUCACAGGUUUCAGCAUUAUCAUUAUUGAGCCCAUUUAUUACAAAUUGCACAUAUUGUAUAAAGAAAUGCCUAAACUAUUGGCUUUCCAUAUCUUCACUUGAUCGUCAUUUGAAACAGAUGUUCAGGAACAACACGCUUCAUUCUCUACCGAAACCAUCUAUGUUACUUUGUCGUUUGUUAUUAAAACAUGGUGUGAUUUUUCUUUGCCUGAAUUCUUCGUCUGGAAAUGAUUAUAAUUUCAACGAUAAAAUUUUUGAAAAAAUGUUAGAUACCACUAAUAAUGACAAGUCUAGCAACUUUUGGGAUUGGAAGCACAACUUACUCUUUUCUUGCGAAUAUGACACUUUUAGCGAUAACAUAUCUUCUUAUUUCAAGUUAUUUGAAAUGGAGGACGUACGUUUUUUCAGCUACAUCUUGUCUAACCUCUUGAAAUAUCAGGAAUAUGUACUGGGUAUAUUGACUUGUAAUGCAAAUAUUUUAUCAAGGUCUUUCUUGGAUGAACUUGGAGUUGCGUUACACAAUUUUAUAAAUUCACUUUCCAUGGUAGAUGUAUUAUCAUAUUUUGUUGAAUUAAUUGAUCAUUCAUUAAGGAAAGAGAACACAUCUAUGAUAAACAAGAUUUUAACUUCGGUUGUAGAAAUAUUUCCUUUAAUAUUGAAGGUGAUACUAUCCUACAUUAAGCUUAUAAAGAGUUAUUCCACAAAGUAUGGGGGAUUCACUUCUUUUAUGAAUUAUAUUAUAUUACAAUUUAAUGCUAUAAAUUCCUUAUUUGGAAGAAUUGUCGUUGAAGUUUUUUCCAAUGUAGAAGAGAAUAUAAAAUCUCAUUUAUUAAGUUCAUACUCAUCGGAAGGGUACGAAUAUUUAUCUAAAAUAAAAGAAGUUGGUGCCACAAAAGUGGCUAUAUUACCAAAUUGUAUACUUGGGGAAUUGAAUUAUACGUUUGAUAGUGAGGAAGAUAUGUCCAAAGGUCUGCGUAGACUGUUGUUAAUGUUGCAGGACUUUAAAUAUGAGAAAUCAACACUUGGAUUCAAAUCUGAACCUGGAAUAUAUAAUUUCAUAAAUUCGCAGUUUAACGUAAAGAUUUUGAAUUCUAGUGUUCAUAAAUUGUCACAAAAAUUGUUAGAAAUGGACGACACAACUAUGGCAAUGCUAGGGGAGGGAUAUAACAGUAUGCAUUCUUACAUGCAUUCUACAAAAGUCAUGAUUAUUGCUCUAUUUAUUCAUUUAUAUGAUUUUUCUUCCGAAAAAAUACCUGUAGCUAUACGAUUAUCUUCUGAAGUUUACAUUAACAUCUUGAAGAAGGUACAAAAUAUCAGAACUCUGUUCAAAAAUAUAUCAGAUGAAGAAUUUAAUGUAAUUAGGCAGUUAUACCUGGACGAUAUAAAAGAUAGGUGUUUGUGGCUGAUGAACAACUGUAAGAUAGGGGCACUUGUAUCUGCAGAAUUUAGCUCCGAAACAAAAUCUGAGACUAUAAACUAUGGCAUAAAUACAAAAAAUUACACAUUAAGAAGAUGCUCUUCAGCUUCAGAUCUGAUUUGUUUAAACUCUGAUCAGCCUAAGGACAUUUCCUUGGAAUGUUUGACAGAAAGAACAAAAUCUUAUACUUUCGCACAAAACAUGAGGGAAUAUAAUGAAAAAAUUGGACAUAAUACAAAAUAUGAUACGAUAGAUAUUGCAAAUUGGAUUUUGUUUGGCCCGCCUAUGAGGGUUUGUGAAUCUGAAUUAUUUUCUCAAAAAAUUUCAUCACUAACUAAAUACGCAAUGAUUGGUUCUAUAAACGCUAUAGUAACAGAGUUCUCAAAUGUUCAAUAUGUUGGUACAGAUAAUAUAAGUCCUUCUACUAUAUACAAACCACUUAUUGUGAAUUUGGUCACAAACACGAAUGAACAAAUAAUAGUUGCUAAUAGAGAUCUAAAGAGUGUUUUAGAAAGUUUUUGGUAUACCGUACUCUCUACUAUGAGAUCAAUUGUAAUAAGAACUGUAUAUCCAUCUGAAUCUAACUUCAAAAAGGACUAUAAAACUGUACCAAACACUUACAAAUCUGUAGUAGUUUCAUUUCAGAACAGAGUUUUGGAGAAAAUUUGCGACUGGUACCUAAAUUGUGGGAUAAUUUCGGUUGAUACCACUAAAUAUGUUCUUGAAGAUAUGAAUUCUUGGAUAAGACUUUCAUUGUCAUUUUUUUCACUAUUGUUUUCAUUUGGAUUAUAUCCAAUGAAUAAUCCUAGGUAUGCCCAUCCGAUAUUCAAACAUCUAAUUUCUAUAUUGAAACCACUUCCAUUAUCGAAACUGAGGAUGGCUAUAUCAACUCACACCUCACUCUCCACAUAUACCAUUGAAUCUGCGGUUAUAGUUUAUUCUUCAUCAAAAUUUAUAAAGUUUAAAGAUUCUCUUGAUAAAGUUUUCAACUGUCUACGCGGUAGAAAAUUUUCUAGAAAGGAUUAUAUUUUAACAGAAGAUGGUGGUUUCUAUCUUUGGGUUAAGAGAUCUUCCAGAGUCCCAGAGUCUAUGGAUUCAACUUCUGAUGAUUCGCGUUUACACUUCAAACACCUUUGGAGCUUCUCUCGUAUGGAUUUAGAUAGUUCGUUAAAACCAAUACAGCACCUCAAAUUUGGCAAAUAUGGGAAUGAUAAUUUGGAUACUAUUGAUGAAAACAAUAGAUAUAGUAUUAGUUCUAAUGAAUUGAUUAUUUGGAAAAUGGAAAAUUCUUCUUAUAUCAUAAAUGAUAUAUCCCUUGCGGAUAGGGGUUCUUCUAAUUUAGUACUUAAGAUUGAUGCUAUUGACACUGAAAUUCCUGUAUUUUUAUCACUUUAUAGAAUAUCAAAUACGAACAAAAAUGAGAUAGAGUUGGCCUUGGUGAACUAUUUAGGAGGAAAAUUAGAAAUUGAAGGUUUGAGUGGUAAUUGGUCUCAAGUAUUGGGUUUUACACGCUUUGAUGACCUUUAUUUGAUGAGAUGCCACUUUUAUCAUUUAUUCAAAUUCUUGUUACACAGUUCAUUGACAUCCAAUAUUUAUUCUUAUAAUUCUCACCAGGAGGUGGAAGUUGGUUCGUCCUUGAUCAAAUUAUUGUUAAGGUCUUUAUGUUCAGUAGCAACGGAUUUACCAAAAUUUAACAAACAGUGUGAAUGUAGAAGUUUUGACUUAUCGGAUAACACUUCUAAUGAGAAUGUUAGUAUCAGAUAUUCACCAAAUAACAUGGGUAAUGAUGAUAAUCGUAGGCCGCUCGAUUGUGUGAUAUCAAAACACUGUAGCGCAUGUUCCUCUAAUCUUAUAUACAGUAAGGAAAUUGAAAAUUUUUGGGGGACUAUUAUAUCUAUACUAAUAAAAGGAAUAGAUUCUACAAUACACUAUAAGUUGGUUUACCAUAUACUUAGUUCUCUACUCACUACUUUUACUUUGAAUGAUCAGGAAAUUGAUAUAUUUUUAUCUCUUCCACAUUUGGGACCACUUUUCUGUGAGUUGUUUGUAUCGUGUAUAAGAAAACUUUGUCAAGAAUCUCUAUCUAACUUUGACCACCUGGUUCCAAUACUUGAUGAAAGUUGCGGGAAACUGGUUUCCUCAACAUUACAUGGCUCAUUUUUAUAUCGUUGGUUUCCCCCUUUACCACAAAUUCCAAUGGAAUGCAUAUAUUCUUCUCUUAGAGAAAUAUUUCAGAGUGUGAUAAUGAGCAAAGGAUAUAAAAAGAACAUUUGUAAGGUUGUUGAUUCAAAUAAUGAUCCGUUUGUAACUUUGCCUCACUCUGAACAUUUUGUCACUCAUAGAGCAUCUCCAGACUUUGAAGCAGAUAUAAAUGACAACACUCUUCACAUAACUAGAGCAUCAAAUAUGGGUGGAAUUGUUUUAUAUAGAAUCCCCCCUUCGAUUGGAAGUACAACAAUGCAAGGAAAUGUUAAUUUUUUUAUUCUUUCUCCUGGACGUUUUGGUAUAACAGUAGCUCCUGCAGACUGUAUUUUUGGAACAGUAUCAGAUCUUUUUGAUAGAAAUGAUGUCGUAGGUUUCAUGACAUCCCUAUGCCCCCCUUUUGCAAACGAUAUUUUCGCCGCUACUAUAAAUUACAGGGUUGGAGACGUGUUGUCUGCAUAUUUCACAGUUGAUCAUCAAGAAGACGGUCAAAUAUGUCUUAGAACAGAACUUUUAAUCGCUGGGAAUAGCAUAGGAUCUGUUCUUGAGGUGAUUUACGAUCCAAUAACUCAAAAUGAUACAACACGUAGGAUGAGUUUGGUAUUUAUCUUUCAAGACCCUAUAACCUUAGUUCAUAAUGGAAUGAAUCAACAGUUGGAAUCUACUAACAUUGAACGUAUGGUAACCAGAGAUACGCAUAAUUCUUUCAGAAGUAAUACUGCAUCAAACCAUAUAUUGCCACUGAGUAUUGACAUCCAACCUCAACUCCUAGGUGAUAGUAUUUCUGAAUCAAGUAAUAACUACAAUCCAAAUUUGUCGGUUAUUAGAUCAAACUCUGAUUUGAUCCCACCGGAGAUAAGCUUUAAUGAAUCUAACACAUCUAUAAGCCAGUCAAUUUCAUUUGAAAAUCCUACAUUAACCUCAGAACGUGCGGAAUCAGAUUGUGAUUCAUUCAUAUCAGAUGCUGGAGAUGAAACACCAAUAGAAUCCUUUUCUUCAUUGGAUAAUAUAAUGGCAUUUGAAUGGGACAUUAAUUAUGACGUACUUGACGAUGAUAGUGAUGACGAAUUAUUUAAGAAUGAGGCACUCGGACUUUGUAAGGAUGAUUUUUGGUUAAAGCACUUGAAUGGAGAAAAAACGCCAUCUAAAUAUAUAACUAUGUUUGCAGACUCAGUUCAAAUAUAUCAAUCGAUUUUAAUGACAAACCUUCCACUUCUACUAGGUUUGAAGGAUGAAAUAGUGAAUCAAAUGUGUUUGUGCUUUGAUUCUUUAUACAACUCUCUUAGAGCUCAGGAUAUCAUAUUCUCUCAAACGGGUCAAUUAAAUAUUGAAGAAACAAAUAUAAAAGAUUCUUUUAGUUGGUUAUCGGUUUUAUCUUGUGAUUAUGAUUAUAAUGCAUGGAAAGAUAGAAAAGUUCUUUCUAAUGAAGGAAAUGUUUCCUCGAUUUCAGAUUUUAGUUUACCUUGGCAUUUGGGUUCAUCUAUUUCUAUAAGGGUUUGUGCUUUACGGUUGAAAAAUGAGCAUUGUGAAAGAUUACUUCAGUCUUUGUCCAAUCUUUUGUCCCUUAAAAUCGUUUUUAAUCCACUCCUUUUUACCUUGAAUAAGGAGGCUGCAUCAAGAUUUGUUUCAGAUAAUAAUUUAUCACAAAAUUCAUUGCUGCUAGCUCUAGGUUCAAAGUGUAUAUUAUCCUGUACACUUUUAUCGAAAGUUAUGGUUGAAAAAGGUCAUACCAUCAAAUUUUCAAGUGAAACGGAUAGUAAAUACAUUUGUAUAGAUAAUUUAGUUUCUGCUAUCUUUAGCUUCAUUUUUCAUAAAUCACCAUGCAGAAAUAAAAUAAGCCAAGAAAGACUUUCAAAUGCAUUUAAAACAUUUGGAUUAGAAUGGAAUAGAUCUUCUACUUCACAAUCCUUGGACCACGACCCUUAUAGCAAUAAUUUUGAUAGGGAUGUUGAUGAUUUAUCUUCCGAUAAGGUUUGGCUAAACAUCCAUGAAUCAAUUAAGAAUAACAAUCCUAAAGAUAUUGAUAUUCGCCUUUUAUACGGAGGUGGAAUGCAAAAUCUAGGAAUUAAUGUAAAAAUGUUCUCAACGUGCGAUUAUACGUAUCACUGUGGAUCGCGUAUGCCUAAUUUCAGACGUCAUAUAAUGCGCCGUUCUUUACAUUACAAGAUAUGUGAGCAUGAUUUUUACGAUUUAAUAUCUCCGCUUUUGCUAUUAUGUCCUCAAUACUUUGUUGACAACCUAAGAAAUAAAUCGGGGGCUAUGAAGAUUUUGAGAAUAUUCAGAGCAUCUGUAACCCAUAUUUCUCGUUCGUAUGAUUUUAAUGCUAUGGACUAUUGGGACUGGAUAAAAAGUGCUCAUAAUGUAAAAUUAGAUACCAUAGAUACCUAUUCAAAGUCAGUAGAUCCUUUGUAUGGAUGGAUGCGCCUCGUAUACAUAUCUUCUGGUACCGGUUAUAAUAAUAUAAUUUCAAUAUUCUUCACAGAGCUGUUGUAUAGUGCAUUGAUGCCUCUAUGUAAUCCUGAAUAUCAUAAGCUAUUGCAUAACUUCCACUGGAUGCUUGAUAUUUUUGUUAGACAUCCCUUAUGCCCAAAAUAUGUGAGGGAUAAAUUUGUAUCGCAUUACAUAUGGGAAAUAUUGCAUAUACUAAUGAUAAAUUUGUCAUCUUUGCCAUGCAAAUUAGCGACUGUUGCUUCUAGGUUUUCUGCUUGGCUUGCUCCUAUAUCAAACAAACAACAGUUAGAAAAGAUUUUUGAGGCUACUCAAUACUGUGGAUCUUCUGCAUUUCAUCGCGUUUCUGCGGUUUGUCACUAUUAUGGAACAUUGGAUCUAGAUUCUUUCACAAAUCUGGAUUUAAAAAGACAUGAUCACUCCACAAAAUUGGCUACGGCUAUAUUGGUUCAUCAGUUUGCAACAACAGCUUCAAUUUUGAUGGAUAUGGGAUGUGAACCUGUUUCUAGGCCAGAUGAUUUUAUUAGUUUUUCUCACUAUCUAUCUAUAGCGAAAAAUAGAGCAUAUUUGCAGCAAUUUUUAAGGCAAGUCCUCUCUAUUCCAGUUCAGAUGUCCCUUGACGUACUUGUGCCAAAAUCUUCUCUUAAAUUUGAAAAGUGCGGGAUUAGCAAACUUGAUGAUUAUAGUUGGACUUCAGUUAAUACUCUCGUUACAUCCUCUAGAUCUAGAAGCCUUUCUCUAACUUUCCAUUUGGAAGAACCAAAAAGGGUUGUUUUUUCGUUGGAUAAAUCAUUUAGACGAAUAAUCCAUGAGGAAAUAUUGGGAACUGAAACAUCUUUCAAACUUACAAAUGGAAUUUUGACCUUUAUAGGUCCGUCUGUCACUAGUGGAUCUGGAAAAAUUCAAGAUUUAACGUCAAGUACCAUGAAAAUUUUGCGUAAAGAAGCUAAAAAUCAUUCAAUUAGGCUUGGGUUUGAAUAUAUUGGCAAGAAAACGGUAUUUUAUGAUUAUGAUCCUCCAAUUAUAGUUGAUGAUGCCCUUAUAUAUAUGGAUAUAUAUGGACACGAAAUAAACUUAUCUUUUACAAAUUCUAAGAUCACAUGGGAUUUUGACAAUUUAUCUUAUAAUUUGAUUGUACCAACAGAUGUAAUUCUAUUACAACCAUUUGCUUCCAUUUCUGAUUUGAACUCUAUUAAUAUAUCUGAAACAAUAAAAGUUUUUGCAAACACCAUUAACAUUCCUUUGUCAACAUGUUACUAUUCUAUUGAUGCAGUUGAUCCUGUCUCUUGGAAAUCUGACCACAAUGAGUUAUAUAUAUUUCCAAAAAUCCGUUCAGGUUUGUCCUUAUCUAAUCUAAGUAUUCAAAACAUGGAGAAAGCCAUUCUAUUACAUAGUUCAAUGGUUGAAAAGAUAGGACCGCCAAUAAAUCCACCUCAUUUCGGCAUCCAUUCUGCUCCUAGGACAAUUAAUCUUAUUGGGAAAGUGUCGUCACGUAUAUGUGAUACUAAUUCUAAAAAAGAUCACAUGAUACAUAAGCUUCAAAAGGGAUUACCAUUUAGCUUUGGAUUUAAGGUGUUGGAUACUACCGAAUUUUAUUUCGGAAUAUAUUGGGGUACACAUCGUAUAUUAUGGUCCAGUGAUGGCAACGUAACUUGUCCAUCAGAUCCCCCUAUAUACAACUUCGGAUUAUCUCAAGAAGUUACUAUAAAGGGUAUUCCAUAUCAUAGGGGGGACUACGUAGCUAUUCAUUUUAUUCCUCACAUAUGUUCUUUGCUAUUUCAAUUAAAUGAUGAUAUUUGUAUGACGUUAAAUUUCAAAAAGUUCUACAAAGCAAUUGAAACAAAAAAAAUAGGGAAGGUCAAUAUGAAUGAGAUCUUUGACCAGAAAAUUUUCCUUUUGCAAAGAAAUUUGAUUAAUUACAUUAUUUCGGAUGAUAUAAAUUCUGUAAAGAAGAUGGUAUAUGAUUUAAUGGCAAAAGAAUCGGUUGAAACUUGCGCAAAGAUUCUGGAAUUAUCUCAACUUGAAAAUGAUACAAACAAUUCCGACGAAACAUACAGUGUACACAAUCCUAUAUAUAUUGCUUGUUUAAUGGGGAAAAUGGAAAUGCUACAGUUUUUUUCCAUGGUACCAGAUUUGAACUUUGAUGCUGUAAGUGGUCCGUAUUCAGAGACCCCUCUAAUGGGAGCAGCUAAAAGUGGUUAUAAUUCGAUAAUAUCAUAUCUCAUUUGCGUACACUCUGUAAAUGUUAAUGCAAGGGAUUCGUUCGGCAAUACUCCACUUAUGCUUGUGCUGUCUCUCAUGUUUUCAGUUUCUAAAAAUCCGAAUUUUGAUAUCUUUAAUACGGUUGAGCUCCUUUUGGAUUUUGGAUCCGAUAUAUCUAUUAAAAACACGUCGGGAUUGACAGUUGUAGAUUUAUUACCUAUAGAUAUUUCUUUGAAGAAUGACAACAUUGCAAAACUUUUGGAAUAUUUCAGCGUAUAUCCGCUUCGAAAAGAAAAUUUCGUUUCACCUUGGCCAGGACUUCUUUCUGACGCUCAAAUUAUUAUAGGAUCAACCUCAGGUAAUUCCCCAUCCGAUGCUUUAAAAAUUGAGUUUUUUCUCAUUGAUGGUCAUUCACUAAUACAUUCUCAACGUGUUGGUGAACAAAAUUCAAACAAUCACACCUAUAUAACCCAAAAUUCCCAGAAAUUGUUCACGUCAGAGAAUGAAAUAUCUGUAAAUCACGAUGACAUUGACAAUGCUAUGCAAUACAUACGUUAUACUCUUGAGAGAAUUAGAAGGGCUAUUUUAACUCAAGUGUCCACUAUAACUAUCGAUUUGCAGUUUUUGAUGAAUUCAGUGGAAAUAACUUCGGAUAUUAGGUCUUGUAUUAUGUCACAUAUAAUAGGCUUUAUAAGAGAGGUAAAAAUAACGAAUAAAUGGAUUAAGAAUAAAAUUUUGAAGAGAUUUGUAAGGAUAUCAUCAGAUUAUUGCAAUGAACUUAGUUUAAUGGAUAGUAAUCUCAAAUUCUUGAUUUCCUUUUUGCACUAUGAAAAGUGGCUCGUCAAUAUAAGGCUUUUGAAUUCAAGAUCGGGGUUGUAUCAAAAUAUCGAAGGUUACAAAUGGCUGUUCGAGGGUACAAAUUUGUUAUCCUCUAAUCAUUGUUUAUAUACAAAUGAUUACCUUGUUGUAACACAUUGUGAAGAACUUUUUUCUAUUUUCCAGGAAUCGAUUCCAACGAGUCAAAGAUUUGGUGUUGAAUCCUUACCAAACUAUAGUAGAGAUUUUGUGAGAUUAACGGUAAAUACACAAGAACAUUUAUUUGAUAGAAUCCGAUUAGAAAUGAAUUCCGCAUUCACAAAUGAUAUGGAUUUUUGUAUACGUUCUCUAGUUGAUCUUUUGAGUACUUCUGGUUCCAUUAUGCAAAUUAUUGUUUCUAUGGUCAUGACUUGUACCACUAAGUCCGAUGUUCAAAGCUAUUUACCUCCACUAAAAUCGCCACCUUGGAAUGGAAUACACAUUUCUCUGGACAAAAUUUUGGUAUGUAUGACUAAAAUCCGUAAAUUAAUAUUAGAAAAACUCAAAAAUCGUGUACUAUUUGCAACAGAUAUGCAUCUUUUGCUUUACCAUUUAUACAAGAUUGUGGAUAACCUAGGAUUGAAAGAUGUAAUAUCGGUUAAUAUGUCUCUAAAUAUGUUUGAUAGGAUAAAGGACAUGGUUAAACAGCUAAAUGUUCAAGUUAAAAAUUUUGAUAAUGAAAAGACACUUAGCAUUAAAAGUUACUCAAAUCUCGAUUUUAUAUCAUCCAGUCAUUGUCAAUAUGAUACUCAAUCAACUGGAAUGAAUGACUAUUUGCUCCCGUUCUGCUUUAUACUAAUUAGGGAUCGGAUUGAAUUGCUCAACAACAUGAAUGAUAUUUUUAAGAUUUUAACCCCUAUUAUUUCAACAGUUUUAAAUCAACCGAUUGUCGAAUACAAAUAUCUUAAGGAUCUUGUUACUCAACCACCAAAUGAAUUUUUUUCAGAGAUAGAUGAUAGAACUUUUAUGAAUACUGCAAAACUUGGAUUAUAUACACUUUCCUUAGAUGUAAAUGAGCAUAUGGCGUUGAACAUCGGUCCUCCAGAGCAACCUAUACAUUGGGGUGUCUAUUUUACCAACCAAGUACUAAUAAAACAAACAAUAUUAAAAGAUAUGUACAAUAAGAUAUUCGUUUCACUACAAUCUCUAAAUGGUGAUAGGCCAUAUUUCUCAAUAAGAGUUGAUAGAGGUAUUGCAUCUACUUCACCAUUCCUAAAAGACACAUUAUGGUAUCAAAGUACAAGUCAAAUUUUGAAUAGUAAUCCUAACAUUUUGAGGGCCAAAAAUAAUCAGAGGCCAUUUAUGGUUGUUUUCAAAGGUGAAGGUUCAACAGAUUUUGGUGGACCAUUUCAGGAGUUGCUUACAUGUAUUUCUAACGAAGUUAUGGUACCAAUAAACCCAGAAUCAAACUUUAAAUCUUCAGAAAGUGCUUCAAUAGGUUCUUCAAAUUUGCUAAACAAGUAUGGACUAUUCCAAGACACUGUUUUGUUCAAGUUCACCCAGCCAGUACAUCCUAUGGUAUAUUUAUCCUAUACAGACUUGAAAAAGAACAAUUCAGCACAUUCAAAUGAUUAUUUAUACAAAAUACGAUGUAAUGAUCUUGGCGUUCUGUGUUCUUCGGGGUGCUGCAAUUUGUUACCCUUGAGACCACUGGAAAUUUCACAAAAUUCCCUGGAAUUUAUGAAGGAUUGUAAAUGUGGAGGUAGUGAAAUUUAUAAUGAAGUUUGUAAUCAACAUAUACCAAUGGAGCUAUCUAUGUAUGAAGCAUUGGGUAGAAUAUUUUCAAUGUGUAUAUGCAUGAUGAAUCCGUUAAAUAUCGCAAUUAAUCCUAUAAUUUGGAAAAAAAUUUUGGGAACAAAUAUAACAUUGAAAGAUAUUUCUGAUUGUGAUAAAUUUUCAGUCGAUUUGCUCUCUAAGCUUAUGGACCAAAAUGCUAAUGGUGAGAUGCUUGAUGGAUUAACAUUUAGUUUGGAGUCUAAUGAAUCAGUCAAUGUAAAUUUGAUUGAAAAUGGAUCAAAUAUCCCUGUAAAUAAAGAAAACCUAUCAUUUUUCCUUAAGCUUGCAGUGCAGUUUAGAAUCACUCAAGCAGAUAUGGGCUCUAGUUGGAUUACCAAAGGAAUUAAUUCUGUCAUUCCCAUAGGAAGAUUAAGAAUGCUACUGGAUAGCAGAUCUUUAGAAUUCAUGGUUUGUGGAGAUUCCGUAGUUGAUUUGUCAGUGCUUAGAGUGCACACUGUAUCAUCAUCCCUAACCCUUAAAAAAGAUUUGUUCGACGUUUUGGCAAGAUUUAAUAAUAAGAUGCUUCAACUUUUUCUGAGGUUCGUGAGUGGGAGGUCUAGACUACCGCAUCCCCAAUCUGAUUGGUGCCUUUAUGUAGAAUAUGACCUAAGAAAUGACACUAUAGAUGUUGACUCUAGGCUUCCCACCUCAGCUACAUGUAGUUUUAGACUACUAGUGCCGAAGUAUUCUAACCUGGAGAUAAUGUACCAAAGGUUGAUUUAUGCGAUCGAGAAUUGUAUCGCUAUAGAUUUAGAUGCACAUACAGUUCACGACGAAAUGCAGCUAACAACUUCAUAG